AUGCAGAGCAUCAAGUGUGUCGUCACCGGCGACGGUGCCGUCGGCAAGACCUGUCUUCUUAUAUCCUACACCACCAAUGCCUUUCCCGGCGAGUACAUUCCUACAGUCUUUGACAAUUACUCGGCAAACGUCAUGGUGGACUCGAAACCGAUCAACCUCGGACUGUGGGAUACCGCCGGCCAGGAGGACUACGACCGGCUGCGACCGCUCUCGUACCCACAAACCGGUGUCUUUUUGAUUUGUUUUUCGCUCGUCAGCCCGCCUUCGUUUGAGAACGUGCGGACAAAGUGGUUUCCUGAAAUAUCGCACCAUGCGCCAAACACUCCCAUCAUCCUCGUCGGCACAAAGCUUGAUUUGAGAGAAGACAAAGAGGUCGUCGACAAGCUACGAGAGAAGAGAAUGUCACCGAUAACGUACCCGCAGGGACUGCAAAUGGCCAAGGAUAUACACGCUGUAAAAUAUCUAGAAUGCUCUGCAUUGACACAAAAGGGACUCAAGAAUGUCUUUGACGAGGCUAUCAGAGCUGUCCUGACACCAAAGGCGGCGCCGAAGAAGCAGAAAAAGUGCACAAUUUUGUAA